UUUGUGCCAGUACGUUCACUUCACAUCUUGUAGUCGGCUCUCCUCCGAGUCCUCAGUCGUCAACUCCACUUUGGCCACAGCAUGCAGCAAUGGACCACUUUAGAGGACGGGCACAUGAACCGAGGUGCUCGCUGCGAACAGCUCUAAAAUGCUGCCCUGGAAGAAGAAUAAGUUCGACCUGAUCGAGGAAGACAAGCAGUCCAAACAAAAGGGCUAUGCGGUGAGUCUCAAUUACUCCGCGCUCACCUCCUUGGCCAAGUCUUGCCCCGAGAGCGCGCUCAACCGCGUGGGCAACAUGUUCAAGUCCAAGCGGAAAAAGGUCAAGAUCACCAGCGAUGACCCCACGUACACGGUGCUCUACCUGGGCAACGCCACCACCAUCCAGUCCAAGGGGGACGGCUGCACCGACGUAGCUGUCAGCAAGAUUUGGGCCAAGAGCGAGCUGGGCAAGAACGGCACUAAGAUGCGGCUCACUAUCAGUUCGCAGGGCAUCCGAAUGGUGCACGUGGAUGACAAGGCGAGGAGACCGGGACACUUGUACUUGCUCCACCGGAUAACCUACUGCGUGGCGGACCCGAGGCUGCCCAAGGUCUUCGCGUGGAUUUACCGGCACGAGAUGAAGCACAAGGCGGUGAUGCUGCGCUGCCACGCCGUGCUCGUGUCCAAGCCGGAGAAGGCGAAAGCCAUGGCGCUGCUGCUAUACCAGACCUCGGCCACGGCUCUGGCGGAGUUCAAGCGCCUGAAGCGGAGGGACGACGCCCGUCACCAGCAGCAGCAACUCAUCGGAGAGCAAACCAUCCCCCUGGCGCCCCUCAGGAAGCUGCUGAACGGCCAGUGCAACUACAAGCCGCCGGUGGAGCGCAGCCGAAGCGCGCCGAAGCUGGGCUCCAUCACGGAGGAUUUGCUCGGGGAGGAGGAGGAGGAGAGGGCCACGCACUUUGAAUGCGAGGACAUUCUGGACACGGACCAAUGCCUGGCCGAUGGCAAACAAGAGCUCACUCAGAUUAUUAACGAUUUGGGGGAGAUGAGCAUCGGCAACGACGUGCAGACACUAAAAGCUGACCUCAAAGUCACCAGACUGCUGUCGGGGGAGAGCACGGGGAGCGAAUCGUCCAUUGAGAGCAGCCACGAGCUCCACGCGCUCUCCAACGGCUUCGAGCACAUAAAAGUACAAUGAGUAAUAGGACACCAAAGCCGUUUUGUUGUGUUUUGAGCCAACGUCUUUCCUUGCCACCUGUUGACAUCAUCGAGACCUUCUUUAAACGCGUGCCUCUAUAAGUGUACAACUAUUGUGAGGAGGGGUACAAAAAAAUGCAUCCUCGUGGUUUGGGUGAUAAGAUCAUAUUUUACAAGUGUGUUCAUGCAGAAAAAAAAAAUUACAAAUAAAAGAGGAUCUAUUUGGGGACGUCUGCUUCUAACCUGCCAAAUCCCGGUGCUCCAAAGGCACCACAUGCAGGACUAAUUCCUGUCUGUCUUAUUUAAGAGGAUUUCCCUCAAGGCUUGUUUACCCAGAUUUUUUUUUCCAGUGGUGAAAAUAAUAUCUGCUGAAAAUGUGCCCACUUUGAUCUAAAAAUAUUCUGUUCAGUUUUUACUUUUAUUCAGUGGUGGAAAACCAUCUAGUCUGUGGGCUACGUACGGCAUGCCAAGUGCAUUUGUUCCAACUUGCCAUGCAACAUUUAAUCUACAAAGGCUCAUAACACAUGAUUGCAUUUUUGUCAGGUUCCCUGCCCAUGCCUUAGUGGACCAAAACACCUACAACCUCUCCUAAUUCUUUCAUUUUGCACUGUCAUGAACUUUACUCACUCACUACCAUGUGCUUAUUGUCUGUUUUGUUAUGUCUCAAACAUAAACGUCAUAUUUUUGCUGUGCAAAAGAAACACAUUUUGUGAAAGAUGUAAAGUCAGAUGUUUUAAAGUAUAAAUAUGUAAUUUUUUAAUUAAUAAUACAAAAAUGUGGUUUGUUUUGUGAACCUCAUCAAUAAAAAAAAUAGAAAG